AUGAAAUUGCAGAAUCUAUUGGUUUCUGCUACAGUUCUGACGGCAUUGACAGAAAAUGCCGAUGCUUGGUCACCUAGUAAUAGUUACGUUCCUGCGAACGUAACUUGUGAUGACGAUAUCAACCUGGUUAGAGAGGCCUCUAGUUUAUCAAAUAACGAAACAGAAUGGUUGAAAAAAAGGGAUGCAUACACCAAGGAAGCGUUACGCUCCUUCUUAGACAGAGCUACUUCUAACUUCAGCGACACUUCUUUGCUAUCCACUCUUUUCGGUAGUAAUUCCUCCAACAUGCCCAAGGUCGGUGUCGCCUGUUCUGGUGGUGGUUACCGUGCCAUGUUGUCCGGAGCAGGCAUGAUUGCUGCCAUGGACAACCGUACUGAUGGUGCCAACGAGCACGGUCUUGGUGGGUUACUGCAAGGUGCCACAUACCUGGCGGGACUGUCAGGGGGCAACUGGUUGACAAGUACUUUAGCCUGGAAUAACUGGACUUCGGUGCAAGCAAUUGUAGACAAUACGACAGCAUCCAAUUCAAUUUGGGACAUCUCUCACUCAAUUCUUACUCCAGGCGGUAUAAACAUCUUCAAGACUGGGAGUAGAUGGGACGAUAUAUCAGAUGAUGUGCAAGCCAAGCAAGAUGCCGGUUUCAACAUCUCCUUAGCAGACGUUUGGGGUCGUGCUCUUGCCUACAAUUUUUGGCCGGACCUCUAUCGUGGCGGUGUGGGAUACACGUGGUCUACCUUGAGGGAGGCUGAUGUUUUCAAGAACGCAGAAAUGCCCUUCCCCAUCUCAGUUGCAGACGGUAGGUACCCAGGUACUACCGUGAUCAACUUGAAUGCCACUCUUUUCGAAUUCAAUCCAUUCGAAAUGGGUUCGUGGGAUCCUACUCUGAACGCCUUCACUGAUGUAAAGUAUCUAGGUACCAACGUUACCAACGGUAAACCCGUCAACAAGGGUAGGUGUACUGCCGGAUUUGACAAUACCGGUUUCAUAACAGCCACUUCCUCCACUUUGUUUAACCAAUUUUUACUGCAGUUGAAUUCGACCGGCUUACCAUCGUUCAUUGCUGACUUAGCCGCCGAUUUCUUGUCAGAUAUAUCAGACAAUAGCGAUGAUAUUGCAAUUUACGCCCCAAAUCCAUUCAAGGAAGCCGAUUUCCUUCAAAAGAACGCCACUUCCGGCAUUAUCGAGUCCGAUUACCUAUUCUUGGUCGAUGGUGGCGAAGACAACCAAAACAUUCCACUAGUCCCAUUGUUGCAACAGGAACGUGAACUGGAUAUCAUUUUUGCACUAGACAAUUCUGCUGAUACCAACGACUAUUGGCCAGAUGGUGCCUCGUUAGUCAACACGUACCAGCGUCAAUUUCACAGCCAGGGUCUCAACUUGUCCUUCCCAUACGUUCCAGAUGUGAAUACAUUCGUUAACUUGGGGUUGAACAAGAAACCAACGUUCUUUGGCUGUGACGCAACCAAUUUAACAGACUUGGAAUACAUUCCACCUUUAAUUGUUUACAUCCCAAAUUCAAGACAUUCGUUCAACGGCAAUCAAAGUACUUUUAAGAUGUCAUACUCUGACUCAGAGCGUCUUGGCAUGAUCAAAAAUGGGUUCGAAGCCAGCACAAUGGGUAACUUUACAGAUGACUCCGAUUUCUUGGGCUGUGUUGGCUGCGCCAUCAUCAGACGUAAACAACAGAGCUUAAAUGCGACAUUGCCCGCUGAAUGUAGCAGGUGUUUCACCAACUACUGCUGGAACGGUACAAUUGACAACAGAUCAGUUUCAGGCAUAGGAAAUGAUGAUUAUUCUUCCUCUGCCUCUGCCUCUGCCUCUGCCUCUGCCUCUAAUGGUGCAUCUUCCUCAGGGUCGUCUUCCACUCGCAAACAAAAUGCGGGUAACGCCUUUGUGAGCUAUUCUAAUUUAAACACCAAUACUUUCAUUGGUGUCUUGAGUGUCCUUAGUGCUGUCUUUGGCCUAAUUUGA